AUGAAGUUCAGCAUCUCCUUAGAUCAAUUUCUUCAGUACUAUAAUGAACAUGGGAAGCAUCCUGAACUUUUGAAGUCAUCACAAUUUGAUUCAAAUAAAAUAAUAGACUCAUUAGCAAGUAAUAUAAAUGAUUCAAGUAACCAACUACAAUUACCACCACCGCAAGAAGUAAACAUUAAUGAUCUAGAACUUGAUGUUGAAAACCUACCUCAAUGUAUGCCACCAGCAAAUCAAGAAGAAUAUGAAAACUAUUUAAUGAUGAAGAAAAUCCAUCAUGAUAAUUUCCUUCGAGAAGUCAAUGAAAAGGGUUUACGAUUGAAAAAUCAAAUGACGGAUUCAACACAACCUCCAUUUGAUUCAUCUCGAUCUAGUAUUGAAUUUCUUAGAAUGAUGGGGAAAUAA